CCAGUUGAUAUCCGGAGGUUCGUGUGGAGACGCGUACUGGUUGCGGAGGGUAUGCACUGUUCUGUUCUAUUCUGUUCAGGUCAUGGAGAUCAAGAGCUCGGGAGCUGCACUGCGAUGGCAGCACAUUUCUUUACCGUGAGAUGAGUAUGUGCUGUGAAAACAUCUUGGCUCGAGAGAGUGAGAAGAUUGAAACCUCCUUCUAGCGCUGCCAGUAUCAUUUGCUCGACGCAAAGCUCUCUACAAUAUUUGGGAUGAGAGCAAUGAGGGCCUACGGUGACGAGUUUGUGGUUGUCAGUGCGGGAGAACAACCUGAAGACGAUCUCACGGAGAUAACCAUCAACUGCCCUGACAAAGUUGGACUUGGAUGUGAUAUCGCCCGUACUGUAUUCGAGUUCGGCUUGAGCAUCACAAGAGGAGAUCUAGCUACCGACGGUCGGUGGUGCUUCGUGGCGCUCUGGGUAAUCCCAAGGAAGAGAAUACUGCCCACACGCUGGACAUUGCUGAAGCAGCGAUUGGAGGACGCUUGCCCUUCCGCGCUCCCAACGCUCCUACCCAAUUGCACUCAAGUGUCUUUAUCACAGAGAGUGCUGCUGCUUCAAGUUUGCUCAAUCGAUCGCACUGGCCUACUCAAUGACGUAGCACAAAAGCUUUGGGAACUUGAGUUCACAAUUCACAAAGUGAAGGUGUCGACAACCCCAGAGGAGAAAUCCAUCAAUUUUUUCUUCAUAAGUGACAGUAGAAACAAGCUGCCUUGGAAGAAACGAGGGGAUGAGGUGAUCCAACAAGUGAAGGAAUUGCUGGGAACGAACUGUUUGCAUUGUGAUAUCAGGCAGGCGAGUCAGGAGCUUAGGGGGUUAGACAUUCUUCCCCCGCCGGCCUGGCUCACCAAGGAUUUGUUUUACGAUGAUGCUCCUUCGUUUGAGAACAGCAGGGGUGAUACUGUGGGAGUUCAGAAUGUCUGCUCGGCCACCAUUGAUGUGAAGCACGAUACUAUCAAUAGCCCUCUGCACACUCUACUCCAAGUGACAUGUAAGAGGCGGAAGGGUUUGUUGUAUGACACUCUUCGAUGCGUGAAAGACCUGGAACUGCAGGUGGCACACAUGCGAAUCGCAUCACUGGAUAAUGGCAAUAGUGAGAUCAGCGUCUUUUUCUUGAACUCCAAGGGCCAAAAGAUCACCGACCCAACCAAGAAAGAAGAGAUCCUCUCUUCCGUAAGAGAGGCAGUCGAUAACCCUCUGCGCAUCAAGAUCAUCACUCGAGGAGUCGACACCGAGUUGUUCGUGUCAACCCCCAUCGAGAAUUGCGGAAGGGGCCGCCCUCGCGUCAUCUACGAUGUCACUCUCGCUCUGAAGAUGCUAGAUGUCGGCAUUUUUCAGGCUGACAUUGGACGUCACGAGGUGAACAACCAACGUUGGGAGGUCUACCGCUUUCUGCUGUCGGACAGAGAAGAUUUCAACCUAACCUACACCAGGAACCGCAACCUCAUCAUCGAACGAGUUCAAGACAUGCUGAUCGGGUGACGAACCUGAUGCAGCUCUCCUCUCCUUCGAUGCACUCUCGUCGAAUUCCUGCCCUUGGUAGCGCUAGGAGGGACAUGGGGAGAUCUUGUCACAUUGGUGAGCUCCUCUGUAGGGAUUGGAAGGAGAGUUUUGCGUCGUACCCACUAGAGGCCCUUAGUUACAUAUGCACAUGCCAUCCGUAGUCUAUGCUAGCAACUCCUUCAAUUGAAGGACCACGCCGGUGUUGUUGUUGGCACUCACCAUCACGCGACUGCAACAACGAAACCGCCGAUUGUUUCCUUAUCUCUCCUUUCUUUUCUUCCUAUGUAAAUACUGUACAUAGUAUGUGAUACAGAUUCAAUUUAUACUACCUCUGUACCCAGUUAGAGAAGUAGUCCGCUAUACAUCCGAAUCCUCCCUAGUUUUAGUUGAAGAAACAGCUUGUUUCCUGGUGGAGGAAUACACCAAGUACCGACGCCUGUCUGCGUGGUUCCUCUUCAGCAUGUUGUAUUAUAUUGUGCACACUGGUAAGCCCUUGUCCGAUCAUACUGUUCGUAUGACUUUGUUGCA